AUGAUUCACAACUUUGAGGUCUACACUGGAACCAUCACUCCAGCUGAAGGAAAGCCAGAUAUUGGAGCCAGUGGCAACAUAGUUCUGAAGCUGUGUUCAGUCAUUCCCACCAACCAGUCCUUUAAAUUGUUCUUUGACAACUGGUUCUGCAGCAUUGACCUACAAGUGCAACUGGAGAGGAUGAAGAUCCAUAGUGUUGGAACAGUGCGAUCCAAAAGGUUGCCAAAUUGCACCUUUACUGAUGACAAAACGAUGAAGAAAAAAGGAAGAGGGACCUUUGAAGAGAAGGAAACGAAACAUGAUGCAGUCUACCUGAGAGCAGUGAAGUGGUAUGAUAAUCGUUCAGUCAUUUUGCUAAGUACAUAUGCAGCAGCCCACCCCACCACAUUGGUCCAGAGGUGGGACAAGAAGACCCAAGAAAUGGUGGAGGUGGUACGUCCCAACAUUGUAUCUAUCUACAAUAAAAGCAUGGGCGGAGUAGAUAUCCUCGAUUCCCUGAUAGCACUGUAUCGCACCAAAGUGCGAUCCAAGAAGUGGUAUCAUCACCUCUUCUUCCAUAUGAUGGACAUGAUAAUGGUGGAAGCUUGGCUGCUCUACAGAAGAGAUUCCAUUGAUUGUGGUGUGGAAAAAAAGGAGCAGUUAAGCUUGUUGGAUUUUAAAUCUGAGGUGGCAGGCUGUCUCUGCAAAAAAGACACAGUUUGCAGCAAAAGGGGAAGGCCAUCUCUUAGUGUGGAGGCAGGUCUAGACCUGAAAAGACGACGAGGCCAGGUUGCACCUGUACCCCCCGCACCAAUCCGUCUGGACCGCAUAGACCACUGGUCUGUCUACAGUGAAAACAGAGGGAGGUGUCAGGAGCUGUGUAAUGUGUCGCCGAAGAAUUCAAUUGUCCCGUAUGGCUCAGACGUAGUAGUGUUCUACAAAGCACCAUUCAACAGUAACUGCCGCAACUGGACAAAUGUUAAUCUCCAAGAAGUGUACUGGAAACUUAAUAAUCGAAUAAUAGACAGCAAGUUUUAUCAGUUCAAUUCCACCUUCUCCUCGGUGUUGAUUUCUAAUCUUUCUGUGGAAAAAGCCAGAGUGGAAUGCUAUCUGGAUGGGUUAGUGUUGGACGGCACCUUCAUCAGAACGUGUUGUAAUCCCCAAAAUGUCUCAUGUAUCGCAAAGGUAAACUACAUGGAUAUCAACAUCCAGGUCACAUGUACAUGGGACGACCAAAACACGGCGGAUACAAAAUACACCGUCCAUUAUAAGGUAUCCAAUAAUAAUGAGGAUAUCAGUGAAUGUAGAGGAAAAAUCUGCAAAUUUUCCGUUCUUUUUACAAUGGGAAGUCUGAGUGUAACUGUGAGUGCAGAGAGUCCUGCUGGACAGAGUCACUCAGACCAAGUUUUUUAUGAAAGCAUUUUAACUUCUAUAGUUCAAAUCGAUCCACCAAUUGAUGUACAGGUGGCACCUAAGUCAAAUGUUCUCUCAGUGACUUGGAAGCACGAAGAUCAGCCACGGGAAAAUGACUGGGAGUGUGAAGUACGCUUGCAUGAAAAUGGUUCAUAUGCAGUACCUGUAAUGAAACAUGUAAUCGCAGCAAAUGCUUACGAGUUAACUGAGGUGAAACCAUGUACUUACUACAAUGUCUCUGUGCGCUGUAAGUUGCGGGGUACCAUCUGGAGUGAAUGGAGCAAAGACGUUACAGCAGUGACUAGUGUCAAUGUCAGUGCAGUUCAGAUCCAACUCUUUAGGCCCGAAAGUAUCUUAAGAGAUGAUGGGACCAGAACUGUUCACCUUAUGUGGAAGGCCGUCCCUCUGUCCUGUGAAGCUUUUAUUGAGUAUCGCGUGUGCCACCACAACUCGAGAUUCGUUAAAUCCAGAUGCUUUAAUACGUCCCGGAAUCAUGAAUUUAUUACUGUAGACGAACAUGCCCACAUGCUAACCGUGACUGCACUUUAUAAUAAGACAAGUCUGAACGAAGCUUCCAUCGAGGUACCCAGCACAGCAGAAGAUGUAAAUUUACCUCCGGUUGGUAACGUCAGCGUGUUCGUCCAACAUCGUGAAAUCCACCUCACAUGGAUGGAGCCCAGCACUCCUGUCAGUGGUUACAUAAUAGUCUGGAACAGUACCGGUACAAAUCACAUGUGGCAGCAUAGUCGAGAAACCAGUUUCACCCUGAAAGGUGAGCCCUUCACUCUAUACACCAUCUCACUAAGCCCAGUGUAUGAAAACGGCCCUGGAAAGGAGGCCAGACUUCAUAAGUACGCCGAAGAAGGAAAUCUAACAAAAGUGGCUACAUUAAAAGUAACUGCAAUCAGUGACAGGAAGGCUGAGAUCAGCUGGUCACCGAUACUAUCAACACAGUGCUGCGCGUUUGUUGUGAACUACACAGUGUUUUACAUAGCGCAUAACAAAUCAAAACCCAGAAGUGUGACUGUGAGUGAAAAGCAGCACAGCGUCAUUUUAGAGGACCUCCAGCCCAGCACAGCCUACACUGUCUUCAUCAUGGCUGGUUCAAGAAGUUCAACUUCUAAGAGUGAACCUAUCACAUUCUCAACAAAGCCGUACAGUGAAUUUUUCCUUACUGUAAUAAUUGGCUGCGGUGUUGGACUGACCAUGCUGCCCGUGUUAGCGGUGCUUGCUUUGAUGAUACGUAAGAAAUAUCUGAGCGUGAAGAUUCCCAACCCUGGACAUGGUACUUUGUCUGUGUGGCUCUCGGAGAAUGCUAAAAAGCCUUGGAUCCAAACCCCCUUGCCGUUGGAUAGCGACUCUGACAAUAUUGUGCCAUGCCAAGGGGACAAUAAGGUUAUCAGUAACUUUCCAGCAAGCAACACAGUUCCAGCUUCACUCAGGAAAUCAACGAACGACCAGAACAUCGCCGCUCAGAAGUGGUCGUCAGAAACACGCACCACCGCUCUAAUUGUUAGCCAUGGCAAACAGCGACCGGUCAUCCAGCCGCUACCAGCUGUGGAUGUGUGGUCUUUUGAAUAUCAUCAUCUCCCACCUGUUCAAUCCCCCUAUAGACAGCAAACACCUCUGAACAGCCCUGUGGAGUCACCUACAAAACCUCCAUUUUUGGAUGAGACAGAGAUGCUGCUGAAACCAAGUCCUAAAAGUACAACCACUUUCACUACCUAUGUUACAAUAGACUUUUUGAAAACUAGUAAAGCUCAGACCAAGUGAGGUGUUUCGUAUCAUGGACCGGUGGUCAGUCAAGUUGUGUAAAUGGCCGCCAGCAAGAACGUCCACCCUGCUGCUUGUCGGAAACUGCAAACUGUUGUACUUAUUACUUUCCUAAAGUAUUAUUUUUGCUAAUCCAUUGCACCACCUUGACCAUACCAACUGUUCAGAAGUAGCCUAAACACAUCUAUGCAGAUGUCUGGACAACCAAUAGCACCGAGAUUUGUAUUUGGACACCUGACUAUGAGAUUGUUUGACACCACAUUCCAAAACCAUGGGCAUUAAUAGAGAGUUCUCCCCUUGCAGCUAUAACAGACGAGUCACAUUAUUAUGACCACAUCCUACUUUCGACGGCGGCAGCUUGUAGCUCAUGAAGAAAGUCAGGCUGUCUGCACAUAUAUCCCUCGUUGCUGUCAUGGGUAAAAGUACCAUGGGUAAAAUUGCCUUCCCUGGGGUGGAUGGGAUCUUCCAGCUAGACAAUGUCACACUUCACACAGCUAGAAAUGUCCGACAUCGGUUGGAAGAGCAUGACCGAGUACUACACCGGCCCUAAUUCCCCACACUUGAACCCAAUAAAGCAUCUGUGGGACCACCUCGGUCGUCGUGUUUACUCUAUGGAUCCUCCCCCAGGCACCCUCCAGCAGCUGUGGGAUGCACUGCAGUCAGCAUGGCUCCAGAUACCAGAUACCUGUGACAACCUACCAGGACCUUACUGAGUCACUCCCAGCCCAUCUAGCUGCUGUUUGUGCUGCACUCUGGAGGUUACUCUGGAUAUUAUCUGGUCAGAGGGGGUCCUUUUGGGUCCAUUUUAAAUGAUGGUUGUGGUAGAGAUUGCAUACACACAAAGUGCAUCUAUACUGUUUUUACACUCACUGUUGAUGCUUGGCAUUAGCUUGUGUGAAACUGGCACUAACCAAUCACACAGGCGCCCGACCGGUUGCCAGCACCUGCUAAAAUUCGAACUCAGAUCUUGAUCUCAGUGGUUAUGGGCUAGCGUAACAGACCGCCGUGCCACCCGAGCGCCCAGUAGUUGUUCUUUUGUUGAUACUUGUUGAUGUGUGACUGCAGGUCUUCAGGGGCCUCAACACAGGGACCCUUAUACCUAAAUAUAGAUAAACACAUAACAGAGUAUUCUGUACAUACUGUUAAAUGUACAGCAAUGGUUCUCAAGGCAAACUUUCAGUGUGUAGCUGCAUUUAUGGAUUUCAAAUGAUCGCUUUGUGAUAAAUUUUAUCUUCAGCAGUAUCAGCCGUGCUCUGAUGGGAAUGUAAAAUUGCACUCGUUACUACACCCA